AUGGCGGCGGCGGCGGGCAAUCGCGCCUCGUCGUCGGGAUUCCCGAGCGCCGGGGCGGUGAGCCCCGAGGCGGGCGGCAGCGGAGGGGCCUUGAAGGCGAGCAGCGCGCCCGCGGCGGCCGCAGGGCUCCUACGGGAGGUGGGCAGCGGAGGCCGCGAGCGGGCGGACUGGCGGCGGCGGCAGCUGCGCAAAGUGCGGAGUGUGGAGCUGGACCAGCUGCCGGAGCCGCCGCUCUUCCUCGCUGCCUCUCCACUGUCUUCCUCCACUUCCCCGUCCCCGGAGCCCGCGGACCCGGCGGCGGGCGGGAGCGAUUUUCAGCCUCUGGCGGUGCCGCCGCCCCACGGAGCCGCGAGCCGCGGCGGCGCCCACCCUGCUGAGCCGGUGGCCGCUUCGGACAGCGGCGCCCCAAGCACCGCGGGGGCAGAGCCUGGGGAAAAGCGGGCGCCCGCCGCGGAACCGUCUUCUGCAGCGGCCCCCACCGGCCGAGAGAUGGAGAAUAAAGAAACUCUGAAGGGGUUGCACAAAAUGGAUGAUCGCCCAGAAGAACGAAUGAUCAGGGAGAAACUGAAGGCAACCUGUAUGCCGGCCUGGAAGCAUGAAUGGCUGGAAAGGAGAAAUAGGAGAGGCCCUGUGGUCGUAAAGCCAAUUCCUGUUAAAGGAGACGGGUCUGAAAUGAGUAACGUGGCAGCUGAGCCUCAAGCAGAGGGCCAGGCCAGCGCCGUGUCACCUGCUCCCAAAGGCCGCCGGAGCCCUUCUCCUGGCAGCACCCCAUCAGCUCGCACAGUAAAGUCAGAAUCUCCCGGAGUAAGAAGAAAAAGAGUCUCCCCAGUUCCUUUUCAGAGCGGAAGAAUCACACCACCUCGAAGAGCCCCGUCGCCAGAUGGGUUUUCGCCAUACAGCCCUGAAGAAACAAACCGCCGUGUAAACAAAGUAAUGCGGGCCAGGCUGUACUUGCUGCAACAAAUAGGACCCAACUCUUUCUUGAUCGGAGGAGACAGCCCAGACAAUAAAUACCGGGUGUUUAUUGGGCCUCAGAAUUGCAGCUGUGGACGUGGAACAUUUUGUAUUCAUCUGUUAUUUGUUAUGCUCCGGGUGUUUCAACUAGAACCUUCAGAUCCAAUGUUAUGGAGAAAAACAUUAAAGAAUUUUGAGGUUGAGAGUUUGUUCCAGAAAUAUCACAGUAGGCGUAGCUCAAGGAUCAAAGCUCCAUCCCGUAAUACCAUCCAGAAGUUUGUUUCACGCAUGUCAAAUUCUCAUACAUUGUCAUCAUCUAGUACUUCUACAUCUAGUUCAGAAAACAGUAUAAAAGAUGAAGAGGAGCAGAUGUGUCCUAUUUGCUUGCUGGGCAUGCUUGAUGAAGAAAGUCUAACAGUGUGUGAAGACGGCUGCAGGAACAAGCUGCACCACCACUGCAUGUCAAUCUGGGCAGAAGAAUGUAGAAGAAAUAGAGAACCUCUAAUAUGUCCCCUUUGUAGGUCUAAAUGGAGAUCCCAUGAUUUCUACAGCCAUGAGCUGUCAAGCCCUGUGGAUUCCCCUUCUUCUCUCCGAGCUGCACAGCAGCAAACCAUGCAACAGCUGCCUUUACCUGGAUCACAAAGAAGGAAUCAAGAGAGCAAUUUUAACCUCACACAUUAUGGAACUCAGCAGAUCCCUCCUGCAUAUAAAGAUUUAGCUGAGCCAUGGAUUCAGGUAUUUGGAAUGGAACUCGUCGGCUGCUUAUUUUCUAGAAACUGGAAUGUAAGAGAGAUGGCCCUCCGGCGUCUUUCCCAUGAUGUUAGCGGGGCCCUGCUGUUGGCAAAUGGGGAGAGCACUGGAAAUUCAGGGGGCAGCGGUGGAAGCAGCCCAAGUGCUGGGGCUACCAGUGGGUCUUCGCAGACCAGUAUCUCAGGAGACGUGGUGGAGGCGUGCUGCAACAUUUUGUCAAUGGUCUGUGCUGACCCUGUCUACAAAGUCUACAUUGCUGCUUUAAAAACAUUAAGAGCCAUGCUGGUAUAUACUCCUUGCCACAGUUUGGCAGAAAGAAUCAAACUGCAGAGACUUCUCCAACCAGUUGUAGACACGAUUCUAGUCAAGUGUGCAGAUGCCAAUAGCCGCACAAGUCAGCUGUCCAUAUCAACACUGUUGGAAUUGUGCAAAGGUCAAGCAGGAGAGUUGGCAGUUGGUAGAGAAAUACUUAAAGCUGGAUCCAUUGGUAUUGGUGGUGUUGAUUAUGUCUUAAAUUGUAUUCUUGGAAACCAAACGGAAUCAAACAACUGGCAAGACCUCCUGGGCCGGCUCUGUCUUAUAGACAGACUGUUGUUGGAAUUUCCUGCUGAGUUUUACCCUCAUAUCGUCAGUAAUGAUGUUUCACAAGUUGAGCCUGUUGAAGUCAGGUAUAAGAAGCUGCUGUCCCUCUUAACCUUUGCUCUGCAGUCCAUUGAUAAUUCUCACUCAAUGGUUGGUAAACUCUCCCGAAGGAUCUUUUUGAGUUCUGCAAGAAUGGUGACUGCAGUACCCCAUGUGUUUUCAAAACUGUUAGAAAUGUUGAGCGUUUCCAGUUCCACUCACUUUACUAGGAUGCGUCGGCGUCUGAUGGCCAUCGCAGAUGAGGUGGAGAUUGCUGAGGCCAUCCAGCUGGGCGUAGAAGACACCUUGGAUAGUCGGCAGGACAGCAUUUUGCAGGCAUCUACCCUGAACAGUUAUCCAGAAACCACAGAGAAUAGUUCCCAUCCAGAGAAAACUGGAACGGGAUUGUCUGCUACAAAAUUGAGUGCCAGUUCAGAGGACAUUUCUGACAGACUGGCCGGCAUUUCAGUAGGACUUCCUAGUUCUGCAACAACAGAGCAACCAAAGCCAGUGGUUCAAACAAAAGGCAGGCCCCACAGUCAGUGUUUGAACUCAUCUCCUUUAUCUCACCAUUCCCAAUUAAUGUUUCCAGCCCUGUCAAGCCCGUCGUCCUCUGCCCCAUCUGUACCAGCUGGCCCUGUAACAGAUGUCUCUAAGCAUAGACCUCAGGGAUUUAUUCCCUGUAAAAUACCUUCUGCAUCUCCUCAAACCCAGCGUAAGUUUUCUCUACAGUACCAGAGAAUCUGCUCUGACAACAAAGACUCAGACAAACUUUCCCCAAUCUUUACUCAGUCAAGACCCAUGCCCUGCAAUAGUAUACACAGGCCAAAGCCAUCUCGACCUACCCCAGGUAACACAAGUAAACAGGGAGAUACUUCAAAAAAUAGCAUGACACUCGAUCUGAACAAUAUGUCCAAAUGCGAUGACAGCUUCGGCAGUAGCAGCAAUAAUAGUAAUGCUGUUAUACCCAGUGAUGAGACAGUGUUCACACCAGUCGAGGAAAAAUGCAGAUUAGAUGUCAAUACAGAACUCAACUCCAGUAUUGAGGACCUUCUUGAAGCAUCCAUGCCUUCAAGUGACACAACAGUAACUUUUAAGUCAGAAGUUGCUGUCCUCUCUCCUGAAAAGGCUGAAAAUGAUGAUACCUACAAAGAUGAUGUGAAUCAUAAUCAGAAAUGCAAAGAGAAGAUGGAAGCGGAAGAAGAAGAAGCUUUAGCAAUUGCCAUGGCAAUGUCAGCGUCUCAGGAUGCCCUCCCCUCAGUUCCUCAACUGCAGGUUGAAAACGGAGAAGAUAUCAUCAUCAUUCAGCAGGACACACCAGAGACUCUGCCAGGACAUACCAAAGCAAAGCAGCCUUACAGAGAAGACACGGAGUGGCUGAAAGGCCAGCAGAUAGGCCUGGGAGCAUUUUCAUCCUGCUACCAGGCCCAAGAUGUGGGAACUGGGACUUUAAUGGCUGUCAAGCAGGUGACGUAUGUCAGAAAUACAUCUGCUGAGCAAGAGGAGGUAGUGGAAGCGUUAAGAGAAGAAAUAAGAAUGAUGAGUCAUCUGAAUCACCCCAACAUCAUUAGGAUGUUAGGAGCCACAUGUGAGAAGAGCAAUUACAAUCUCUUCAUUGAAUGGAUGGCAGGUGGAUCUGUGGCUCAUUUGCUGAGUAAAUAUGGAGCCUUCAAGGAAUCAGUAGUUAUUAACUAUACCGAACAAUUACUUCGUGGCCUUUCGUAUCUUCAUGAAAACCAGAUCAUUCAUAGAGAUGUCAAAGGUGCUAAUUUACUAAUUGACAGCACAGGGCAGAGGCUGAGGAUCGCAGAUUUCGGUGCUGCAGCCAGGUUGGCAUCAAAAGGAACUGGUGCCGGAGAGUUUCAGGGACAGUUACUGGGAACCAUUGCAUUUAUGGCACCUGAGGUACUAAGAGGUCAGCAGUAUGGUAGGAGCUGUGAUGUGUGGAGUGUUGGUUGUGCUAUUAUAGAAAUGGCUUGUGCUAAACCACCUUGGAAUGCAGAAAAACACUCUAAUCAUCUUGCUUUGAUAUUUAAGAUUGCUAGUGCGACUACUGCUCCCUCAAUCCCUUCACAUCUGUCUCCUGGUUUACGAGACGUGGCUCUUCGUUGUUUAGAACUUCAACCUCAGGACAGACCUCCAUCAAGAGAGCUACUGAAGCAUCCAGUCUUCCGUACUACGUGGUAG